CUAAUGAGUAUAUAUUGAGCACCUGCCAUGUGUCAGGCCCUGAGGUAGGCUCUGUGAAUACACCAGGAAACAGGACAGUCGGGAAUGAAUGAAUGAACAAAGUAGUACCUUGAUUCUCCAGCUGCUCCGGGCGCAGGAAUGAUCACUAAGACCCAAAAAGUAGACCUGGGCCUUGGGCUCCCAGAGAAGAAGAAGAAGAAGAAGAAGAAGUUAGUCAAAGAACCAGAGACUCAAUACUCAGUUUUACACAAUGAUAAGUAUUUCUCUGACAGUUCUCCUGUAAGAGCCACAUCCCUCUCUAAGAAUGUGGUCCGAGGACAGGCAUCUGAGAUGCCUCUAGUGAAGAAGAAGAAAAAGAAGAAGAAGGAGAAGAAGGAGAAGAAGAAGAAGAGGAGGAGGAGGAGGAGGAAGGGCCAUAGCACCCUUAGUGAGGAGCCGCCAUAAUCUGAGACCCGGUUGCACGCCCGACCAGCAGACAAGUCACCCAGCCCCAGGAAGCAGUCCCUUGGUUACUCUGAGGUCUGCAGGGGGGAGAAGAAGACAAAGAGGAAGUCCUUGUUAACUCUGGCUGUGUCCCAUGGCUCAGGGACAAAGACCUCCCCAGACCGCAGACCAAGUGACGAGGUGACCAGAGUUGGCAAGAAGCUUAAAAAACACAAGAAGGAAAAAAAGGCCAAGGAUGGUGCAGCCUUCUCAGUCCAGGACCCUUGGUCCUGCGAGGCUGAGGAUGCGCUGUACAGUUGCUCCGAGGAGAAGGAGGGUGAGGAGCAGACAGCCUUGGGGCAGAAACGGAAGCAGGGCAGCCCCAGGGAACACAGGAAGAUGAAGAAGAAGAAAAUCCACGAGGAAGGAGACCCUGUCCUGGGCCACUCCAAGCUCUCCAGGUCCGUGGAGGGCAGCCCUAGGAAAGUUAGCAAAAAGAAACUGGUCAAGGUUGAGGCUCCAGAGUAUAUCCCGAUAGAAGAUGGCCCAAAGGCCCCAGCCAAGAAGAAAAUGAAGUCCAAGAAAAAGGUGGAGCAGCAAGGCAUUGAGGAGCCGGCUCUGAAAAGGAAGAAGAAGAAGAAGAAAGAGAGUGGGGCAGCAGGAGAUCCGUGGGAGGAGGAGCCAGACACAGACCUGGAGGUGGUGUUGGAAAAGAAGGGCAACAUGGAUGAGGCGCACAUAGACCAGGUGAGGCGAAAGGCCUUGCAAGAAGAGAUCGACCGUGAGUCAGGAAAAACGGAAGCGUCUGAAAACAGGAGGAUGGGAACCCAGUUUGGCCAGUGGGAUACUGCUGGUUUUGAAAGCGAGGAACAGAAACUGAAAUUUCUCAAACUUAUGGGUGGCUUUAAAAACCACUCCCCCUCAUCCAGCUGCUCCCCUAACACGGGUGGACGGUCCCACAUGGCCCUCAAGAAGGCGGCCGCCAGCCUGCAGCAGAACCUGCAGCAGGACUACGACCGCGCCAUGAGCUGGAAGCACAAUCGCGGAGCCGGCCUUGGCUUCUCCACUGCCCCCAACAAAAUCUUUUAUAUUGACAGGAACGCCUCGAGGUCAAUCAAGUUGGAAGAUUAAACUGUAGUGUAUGUCCCCCCCCAAAUUGCUUUUACUACUCAGUUUUGCAGACGAAAGCCAUCUGACAGUUGUCUCGAAUCAAGCACCUGCAAGGAUUAAGGACAACUAUCCUGAUGGGCUUGAAUGAUCCAGGGUGGGGGCAGCUCACGUUUCAGAGGCCAAGAGAAUGAGUGAAAACAAUGGCCGUCCAGACAUUCCAUCCCGGUUUGCAAGACCUCAGUGUGGAUAGUAAUGGCAG